GGCCGCGGACAGCCGUGUGGGGCGCGGUGCGCUCCCUCGUCCUCGUCCCUCGGGGAGGCUGGGUUCACCCACCCGGCGGCGAAUUCCCGUCAGGAAGGUGGCUGGGGGCUUUGGAUUUUUUUACCUCUGAUAGAGUAUUAAGAGUUUACUGCAGUCGUGGCUCAGAGCCCGCCAUUGGCUCAGCAGGCCCGGCCCGGCCUCGGCAGCGGCCACAGAGCAGCUCUGUGGAAGAGGCGUUUGUGACGCCCUGAAGCCCUGGCAGCGCUUGGAGCGUUGGUUCGGUACUUGCCCAUGGGCUGCCUGCUCAGGGGCAGGAUGCUGAAAUCUGGGGCUUCCACCCAGGUAUUUGUGCGUGGCGUAACCCCCGCUGGAUCCUGAAGCAAUCCCAGGGCUGGGUUGAGCUGCUGGGGGGUUCUGCUGGGCACGGCUGGGGGGUCUGGCUCAGCACGGCCUGUCUGCACGGCCGGGGACAGCCUCUCGGUGACCAUAACUAGCGACAAGGCACUGGCUGUUACAGUAUGACUAGGAUUUUAAAGAGAAAUGUAGCUGAAGGUGAAUUUUAGUAAGGCUGGGUAGAUGUUGUAAUAGAUUUUUUACUUUGCCUCGGUACUGUGCAUCUGUGCAUACUUCUUAGUAUCAGUGCUAUUGUAGUACCCCUUUACAAUACCAUAUUGACGUUGCUUCAUGAAUGACUUUGUUGUUCAAGGCACCAUGGCAUUACUGUAUAAGUUUAUAGUGCAUUGUGGAGCAUUUGAUUUGGAAAAUGGAAGCCCAUCCUGGUAUGAGAAGGAGUAGAUUCAUCAAACCAUCUAAAAGUAGGAGAGGAGUCAUUUCCAGUGGGCAGUUCAUACACCUAUUGCUGGGACUGGAUGGGUCUCAACCCGUGUUUUGCUCUUUACUACAGGGAAAGUCUGACAAAGUCUAGAUGCUUGGUUUUUAAAUGUUUGCGUUUACACAGAUGAAUGCUGUAGUUGGAUGUACUCACCAGUCACUGAUUAUUAAUGCCCAUUACUGCAGAAUUCCAUCAAACUGUUUUUCACAUGCUACAGCCCAACAAGGAAUGCAUAGAGCAGCUCAUGCAAAUGUACUUACAUUGAUGUUUUAUCAGACAAAUACUGAAGUAAACUCUAUGACAAGUAUGAAGAGCUGUGUAGGAUGCAAGUACAGACAUUGUAGCAUAUCACAAAACGGUGACUUCCCCAAUGUUUUUUGGUUUGCCAUUACCUGACUACUGCAUAGGGUCUGUUUCUUGAGUGAUAGUGAAAUUAGAAUGAUGAAUCCAUCAGGGAAACAAACAGAUCCUUAAGACGUAUGCCAAGAAAGAAUAUGUGUGACUGAUUGGUUUUUUCCUAGAAGGCAUCUUCAGGUUUUUUUCUUUGUUCAUCUUCUUUAUCCUUGGUGAAUGUCAGCAGCAGGAAGCUUCUUUGGAGACAAUAAAGGAGAGUACUCAUCAAAACUUUGCAAGACAAAUUAGGUUCUAAGUUUUGCUACAUCUUCUCCCCUCAAAGGAUUUGAGAUGGUAAAGGGAUAAGUCAAUACUGUGCUUGAAACACUGUGUAGUUAAUUGAAAAGGAACUAAAUAAAUGUUUCAAAAUCUGACAUUUUAAGACAGAUGGGCUUCUUUCUAGUCCAUCUAAUCAGUGAUUGGAUCACAGAAAAGACUUAGUGGGUGCACACAGGAAAUUCUUGGCAAGGUUGAAAUAGAGACUCCUUAUCAAGUACAUUGAAAUUCAGUUAAUUGCAAUUAGGAAAUAAUACAUACCCGUUUUAGGCAAGAAAAGUAUUCUUCCAUUAGUUUUCCGUGUUGGUUUCUCUCUCAAAUCUAGAGAAACUGCAGUGACUGAAUGUAUCAGUUCUGAUAACCAUUAGACAGUUGAUAAUGAAAAACUUGAAGGCUGAAAGACUUUUGAAAGAAAAUGAAAAGGGAAAAGCCUAAAUCCUAGGAAGAUUAGAACUGAUCAGCUGAAGUUUCAGCUUUCAACCAUGGUUGUUAUAUAGCACUCUCUUGACCUCAUUUUACUGUCAAAGAGAACUCAGUAAUUGGCACUCAAAUGAAAUGUCGUCGUUCCCUAUUGACUAUAAAAACUGCAGUACUUUGGCAUUUUAUUUUUAUGAUGAUAUAACCUUUCAGUGUAUUCCACAUAUUAACGGAAUCUUAGGCUUGUCUUACAAAUGUACCUAGGUUAUUUUAAUCAUUUAUCUUUCCUCUAUAUUCUGUGUUUGAGUCUCCGGAUAAUGUCAUCAAAGUGAAUGUGACCAGGUAUUAAGUACAUAGUUGCAUGUGAGGCGGGAGGCGCUGACAUAUGAGACCUGGAGCUAAUUGUAUGGUCUGUGGCAAUUUAUCCUUUCAACCAGAGGGAGAAGUUGGACAUCUUACAGAAAACGUGGGAAGUGAAUAUUUACGAGGUGCUUCAGAAGCCUCUGCCCUUACGUGUUGAAAAAGUAAGCAGUUUGGCUGAAAACCACUUGUGUAACCAGCCGUGUUUUACUGAGCUCUGCCCUGCUAGUGCACAUGUUAGUGAACUGUAUCUAGUGUCAGUUUUGUGUUGGAUUUGUAGGAAUAUUGUCCUUCUCUCCACUCUUACCUCCUCCUACUCUGGCAACAACACACCAAAAUGAAAAGCAGACUUUGCAUAAAUCUCCAAAGCAUUUCACUGGAAGUCUAAAAACGUUUAUCUGAGGUAGGCAGAAAACACACACAAGAAAGUAAUAAUCUCAAUAGGGUUUUCUAAAAUCAAGCAGCUUUGUCACAAGAUCCUGAUUAAUCUACUUUGUAGGGGAUUUUGGAAAUUCCUUUAUUAUACUAGAAAUUAACAGGCUUUAGGAUGAACAGCGAAACAAAGUCAGUUGCAUCUGUUCUUUAAGCUGCCAUUUAGUGUAAUAUUGAUUUGUUUUAAAAUAGUGAUCCAGAUCCAACUGUACAUGGUCAAACACCCAAAAUAAAAGAGUUGGAAGAUUGCUGGGUAUACAAAAAAAUGUAUGCAUUCACAAAGAAGGAGACUCAGAAAAGGCACCUAAAUAAAACAGGAAAUUACAUAUUUUAACCAUUUAAAACAUUUGUCACACUUAAUUUCCAAUUCAUGAAUACUGGUGAAUAAAUAUUUGAAUUAUUAUGAAUUACUCAUAAUACAUAGUAAAUGCAUACUUGAACUCAAAUACAUACUGCAAUUUAUAAAGUGAAUAAAUGCAAUUUAAAAUGAAUGCAAAUUUUUAUAAAUAGAGGUGUGUUUUGUGCAGAACUAAAAUUCUGUAGUCUGUAGGACAAUGUUUUUUUAAGGUGAAAGUAUAUAGUGAGUGCUGCAGUGAUUUACAGAAGAUGGAGAAAUUGUCUUAUGGUUAAAAGCUGCUCUGGAACCGUGGAUUCUAUCACUGACCAUGCUGUGCAGUUUCUGUGUAGUGAUGGAAACCCACCUUAACCAAGUCAUGGGAAAAAUUAAGAAAUAAAGAGCCUGUGCUCAUGCCUCUUUUAACUAAAGGUCUUUUUACAUGAUGGCGUAUUACAUAAACCUAAUUUUUCAGCUGAAUUUAUUUUGUACUUGAGUGAAAAUCCUCUUGUUCAGAACUGAUCUGUGUCUUUCAAGCUGGGCCCUGUAAAAGCCGUCAGUUUUAUUCUCUUCAUUGCUGUGCUUUGACCUUUGGGACAAAACUGGUUCCCCAAUGACACAAAAAGAACUUUGCAGCUACUGGUUGGGACACUUAACAACCUUACCCUCAAGGUAUAAUGCUGAGCUUCUUUUUCAGUAAAUACAUUUUUCUCGAGGCAGAAGUCUGUGGUGAUGGUAUAUCCAUGUAUGAUUGAAGUAACUUUUCCAUAUUCUGACAUAAAAUAUACCACAGAUUGUUAAAUACAUAGAAAAAUCAGUGGCUGCACCUUAAAAGGCACACACCAAAUCAGUGGGAACUUUCAGCCUUCACCCUUCUGUCCCAUGGCCCCCAGACAGACAAUGGAAACAAUGAUACAGCCCUUUCCCCUCAUAGCAGGGAUUCUGAAUUCAUAGUCUGAAUUCAUUAGUGAAUUCCUGCUUAGGAAGUGCAUGGGUACUACUAUAAUGAUGAAUCCUCAAGAAAAACUGGGUAUAAACUGGUAAUUUUCUUUCUAGGGCAGCGUUUAAUGAGCGAAGUAUAAACAAGCUCCAGCAUACCCAGUGACUGGCAACUAAUGACUGAGUCACUGUCAGUAACAUAAGGAGGGCUGAUUUCUUGAUUCAUGCUGCCCUACCCUGAUGAGGAGGUCACAUUGACUGAUCUCGUGCAGUUGUUUCUGAAGACAUACAUUAAAAAAAAUUGAAAUCUGUUGAUGAAAAUCAGCUGAGAAAUGAGCAUUUACUGUCUAUUACUUGUUGUGCCAUUUUCUUUAAAAUACCUCCAGACCUUAGUAAUUUCUGAAAUACAUAUUAAACCAACAUGUACAUGAUUUGCCAGUGUUUCUUGAAGUAUUUGGUUAAUCAUCUUCACACAGGAGACAUCAAGACCCAAAGUAUGCUCUCUUUUCUGAAUGAUUAAGCCAGACUUCCCAUAACAUUUCACUGGCAGGUAGGGCCAUGACAGUCUGCUGACAACAAAGGGAAAUACGUAUCAUCCAGCCUGUGUGGAAAAAAAAAAACCCCAGAAAAAAAUGGAAGAAGGAAAAAGUCAUGAUCCUAAAGAUGUGACAAAAAAGGGAAAAUCCAAGAUGCAACUCAAAAGAAAUAUAGGUUACAUUGAUGGGGUAAGUUUUAUUAUAGGAACAAUUGUCGGGGCAGGGAUCUUUGUUUCUCCCACUGGGGUGUUAAAGCAUUCCUUACUCAAUGUUGGUAUUGCACUAACGAUCUGGACUGCAUCUGGGCUGGUUUCUCUAAUGGGUUCUCUCUGCUAUGCUGAGCUGGGUACUGCUCUGCCCUUUUCUGGAGGAGAAUACAGCCAUAUUAAAAGAGGUCUUGGAUCCCUACCUGCUUUUGUGUUUAUCUGGACAUCAACAGUUACCAAGCCAGCGUCAAAUGCUGCUCGAGCCUUGCUGUUUGCUGAAUAUGCCACCCAGCCUUUCUACGGCAUUUGCCCUGCACCAGAAGUGGUGAAGAAGUGCUUGGCCUUGGCCGUUCUCUGGUCCCUGGGGAUUUUGAAUGGCCGCAGUGUUAAAAUGGCUGCAUGGGUGCAGACAGUUUUCACUCUGCUGAAGAUGAUGGCCUUGUCUGUAAUUGCUGUCGGUGGCAUAGUGCUCCUUGUUGGAGGGAGAAGGGAGAGUCUGGCCAGGUUUGAGGACGCAUUCAGCUCAGAGAUCCCCAGCGCAUCACAGGUUGCCGAAGCCUUCUUCCAAGGACUAUACGCUUACGGUGGCUGGUGGUCCCUCAAUUAUAUGGCAGAGGAGAUGAAAAACCCUAGCAGGAAUAUCCCCUUAACUGUGAUGACCGCUGUUCCUGCAGUAAUUGUUUUUUAUUUACUGGUGAACAUCUCAUAUCUGACUGUCCUCACACCUAAGGAAAUUGUCUCUUCAGUUGCUGUGGCAGUCACUUGGGCUGAUCGAGUGAUCCCCUCUGUUGCCUGGAUCAUUCCUCUCUCUGUUGCUGUCUCAAUAUUUGGUGCCCUCAACAGCAGCAUGUUCACACUAGGUCGAUUAAGCUAUGCUGGAAGUCAGUCAGGACAUUUACCUGUUUUAAUGUCCAUGCUUAACGUCCACUCCUGUACUCCAGCACCAGCCAUGAUUUUUUCAACCACCAUUGCAUCCAUUUUUAUCAUCCCUUCUGACCUUAUUAUGUUAACAAAUUACUUUGGAUCUGCCUGGCUUAUGACUGGGUUGACUUGUGCAAGCCUGAUUGUACUUCGAUACCGGGAACCUCAUCUACAUCGCCCAUACAAAGUGUUUCUACCAGUUCCGUUUGUGAUGGUGGCAAUGUCUGUCUUCUUAAGUUUUAGCCCAUAAGUCUGGUCUCCAAAUAUGCAAUACGUUUAUGCUUUCCUGUUUAUGCUGGGAAGUCUUAUUGUUUAUCUGCCUUUCAUACAUUUUAAAUUACAUUUUUCAUUUCUUGAUAAAAUUACUUGCCACUUACAGCUCCUAUUGGAAGUCUCCCCUGCUGAUGGGUCUGCUGAGGGCAAAUGUGAGUAAUGGCAAGUGUUUAAUCCCAGUAUAACUGAGAGCUUACAGAGGAUUUUGUUUAACUGAGAUUGUAGAAGAUAGAAGGUAGAUGGUAGGUGUGAUAUACAGAUGUACGUGUGUGUGCACGUAUGUAUGUAUAUGUAUAUAGAUGAAUAUACAUAUAUUGCAUACGUGUAUACAUGCAUACAUGUAUAUGCAUAUGCACUUACAUGUAUAUAUACAGCAGGUAUAUGUGUAAGUAUAUGCAUUUUUAUCGAUAGACAUUAGCAUAAUGAGUUAAUAUGCAUAUAUUUUUAUGUGUCUGCGUGUAUAUCUACAUGUACGUAGAUGUGUAUGCACACUUAUUUAAUAGGUGCAAAGAAUCUCUUUUAAACUGAUAAAAUCUGUAGAGUUCUGUUCUCUCCCUUACUACUGAAGACAGAGUUGCACAUGUUGCAUAUAUUCUUGCGAUAAUAGAAAUAUGACUAAAUUACAGCACAAAUUAUCAAUAUUAUCAUCUAGUAAAUGCGUAAGUACAUACUAAAUAGCACUAUUAUAUAAAUAUACUUUUGGAUUCCAAAUGAAAUUGUCUGGAUUUUUUUUAGUUCAUAGUAGCUCAUUUAUUAGCACUUCUGUUUUUGAAGGCUUUUUACUUCUGUUCA